CGCAGGUCUUCAGAGAUGCAGCAGUAGUUUGGUAGUUUGGUAGUUUGGUGGUUGGACGCAGUAACAAGCUGAUGGACGUGUGUGUGUCUGAGAGACUUUAAACAUGUGUAAAGAACAACAACUGCUGGAUUAACUUUAACAUUAUCUUCAAGAAAGAGCAGGGGAAAGCUUUACUGAGGACAAUUGUCGUCGGGAGGAAAGAAAUUGGCAAAUUCGCUCCAGAGGCCUGAGUGCCAUGCCAGAGGGGUCCCAUUCUGCUCUCCACCAGGGCCCAAUGGGGGAAGAAUCUCCUCAGUUGUCCUCGCCCCUCUCCACCAGUGAACAUGACCAGGCAAACGUUGACGUGGGCCCAGACUGUUACAGCCGGUUAUGCGUGGAGCCGCUGGACGGAGAGGGUGAACGUCCAGUGAGCCUGGUGUCCACCCUGUCCUCUGGUUCAUCCCGUGAUAGUCACAGCCUUUUUGGGAGCACCGCAGCCCUUCCUUCCUACACAACCCCACCCGCACAGAGCGAGGAGGACAUAGACUUGGAGCUGAGCCCGGCAGAAAGCACCGGGGACCGGGCAGGUGACCGGAGUCCCACCCUCACAUGCUCCAGGGGCCGCUGGCAGGAACGGCUGGUGCCCAGGGUGAUCAGCCACCAGUGGAACAACAACGCCACCUCCAACAGGAAGGCAAGUGGUGAAAUACCUCACAUCACCACCUCGCCCGUCAUCACGCGUGCCAUGGCGCCCAACCCAAAGCUGACCUAUGUGGACCGUGUUGUCAUGGAGAUCAUUGAGACAGAGCGCAUGUACGUCAAGGACCUGCGCAGCAUCGUGGAGGACUACUUGGCUCACAUUAUCGAUAUGAGUAACCUUCCCAUACGGCCAGAGCAAGUGUGUGGCCUGUUUGGAAACAUAGAGGACAUCUAUGAGUUCAACAGUGAACUGCUGCAGUCCUUAGACAUGUGUGAGAACGACCCUGUGGCCAUCGCUCGAUGCUUCGUAGAUAAGAGUGAAUACUUUGAAAUAUACACUCAGUAUUGCACCAACUAUCCCAACUCAGUGGCAGCACUGACCGACUGCAUGAGCAGUAAAACGUUGGCCAAGUUCUUCAGGGAUCGGCAGGCUGCUCUGAAGCGCUCCCUCCCUUUGGGCUCCUACCUGCUGAAGCCGGUCCAGAGGAUCCUGAAGUAUCACCUGCUGCUUCAGGAAAUUGCGAAGCACUUUGACUCAGACGAGGAGGGCUAUGAGGUCGUUCAGGAGGCCAUAGAUACCAUGACCGGAGUGGCCUGGUACAUCAACGAUAUGAAGAGGAAACACGAACACGCUGUCAGAGUGCAGGAGAUCCAGUCUCUUCUCAUCAACUGGAAGGGUCCUGACCUGACCACCUAUGGAGAGCUUGUGCUGGAGGGCACCUUUCAUGUCCUGCGGGCGAAGAACACCCGCACACUCUUCCUCUUCGAAAGGAUGCUCCUCAUUACCAAGAAAAGAGGGGAACACUAUGUCUACAAAACCCACAUCUCAUGCUCCACCCUAAUGCUACUUGACAGUGCCAAGGAUCCCCUGCUCUUCAGUGUCAUCCAUUUCAAGCAUCCCAAGCAACCCCAUACAGUGCAGGCCAAGUCCGUAGAAGAGAAGCGUAUCUGGGCCCAUCACAUUAAGAGGCUCAUUCUUGAGAACCACAACACCAUCGUCCCACAGAAGGCAAAAGAAGCCAUCCUGGACAAUUCUAACUAUCCAGGGAAGUACCACUUUAGUCCCGAGAGGCUGACGAAAGCAGAGUACUGCCAAGCUGACGACUUCCAUCUUGGAAGGCGAAAUGAGAGAAGGAGAUCAGAGCCUGCAAAACAAAUCAGAAGGAGCACAAAAGCUGUUUUGAAGCAUGCAGACAGUGUGGGUGCACUGCUGGGGGAGAGGUGCUCCCUUCAGCCGGCCACUAGUGUCAGCACGCUAGCCUCCAGUCUCGGCGAGCCCCAGGCUGAGAGGCCGUGUGUGGACGAUCUAAUUUCCAGAAGGGACUCUCUGGAGCAGUUCAGUCCUACUGACAGUGACCCGAAACUGGGCUCUUCACCCAGUGAGGGGUUGCUGGAGAAGGAAGAGGAGGAGGAGGAGGAGGAGGAGGAGAGUUACAAGGAAGAUAUACUGAUGGGAGAAGACCAGGUAGCGGACUUUGCCAGCUCAGUGCUCGCAGCCAUCUCCUGCUGGCACUAUAGAGCCAGGGCUUUGCUUUCUACUCACUUCACAACGGAUGAUCAGAUCAAAGAUGCGGCUGAACUGAAAACUACGGAGACAGAGGAGGUAGAAACUCACAUGCAGGAGGAAAAACAUGUGGAUGUGGCUGUGAAAGAAACUCUCGCCACACAGGUCAACGUGGAGGAGCUGUGCCCUCUAGGCUGUGUCCCUCAAGCGAAGAAGAGCGAUCAGCAGGAGGUGCAUGACUCCCAGUGGCCCGAGUCUCCCGUCUACCAUUUGCAACAAGAAGCCGACACCCCAGAAUCUCAGGAUACCUCAAGAGAAACGGGAGAGGAAGAAGAAGGGGAGAGCGAUACCUCUGCUCUCCAAGUGGAGGAGACGAGUGUCCUGACGAACGGGGAGCUCUCAGAGGAGGAAGAAGAGGUGCUUUCAGACAAUAAAAGCAUCCUACCUUCCUCUGUGUUGGACCAGGCAAGUGUGAUAGCUGAGCACAGGACCCUGUCCAGACGGAGCAGCCAUGUGGAGGACUUGGAGGCCUUAGCCUGCCCCUCACCCUCAAUAGAUAAUGACGUCUUCAAAAGCCCCUUGGCUUGCAUGGACUUAGAGCAACAGACUCAAACGUUGGUCAGCUCUUCCCCAGAACCACAGGUGACCUCAGAGGCUAAUCCGUCAAAGUCUGCACACGAUCCUGCACUGAACGCCCUCAUUGAAGGGCAACUCAGGUCCACUCUGUCUAAACAAGAUCGCCUCCUCAUCUGCAAGAUCAGAACAUACUAUGAGGACGCUGAGCACCAAGAUGCUGACUUUAGCAUCAAGCGCAGGGAGAGCCUCUCCUAUAUCCCAGCAGGUCUGGUCCGGCAACUGAGCCGACAGCUUAACAGUGUUCCUAAGGAGCAGGCCGACCCAGUUCAGCGGAAAGGCGCCUCUCGGAACCGCCCCACCUCCUGGUCUGUGUUUGACCUUCCCGGCUUGGAAAAGAGUCGAAACACUGACACUCAUCAAAAGACUGAACCACAGAGACCAGUGGAAGACAAGGCUAGACCUCAGAGCAUGAUGGAUGCCUCUACCACAGAAGAAGAGUUCAGACCCUCAUCAGACAUGCUCAAGGUUUGGCAAGACAUGGAAAUGGUGGCGGAAAGCCAUGAAGUCCUGCAGAUUGCAGAGGAGGAACUUGAUGACUCAAGAUUAGAAGCAACACAGGACAUCAGCUCAGACAUCUCAGAUGAUAAAACCAGUAAGCAGCAACCUCCUAUAAUAGAAGAGUCUGAAAUAAGCACAGCCUCUGACGGCUCCUCCUUCUCAUCAUCCACCACAACUUCUCCAGCAGUGGAGGGGGGAUCCUGUCAGGACUCUACGUCCCAAGACAAGAGCCACGUCGACCACGGCCAACUGCCCAAGAUCAUUAGCUUCCGAAACAGUAUGGACGAGGACCAGAUCCUACAAGACAUGGGAAAAAUGAAAAACAAGGUGUUCCAACUGGCACGUCAGUACAGUCAGCGCAUCAAAAAUAACAGACCGUUAGUCUGGCAGAGGAACCGAGAAAGAGCAAGUCAACAGGGCUUCAAGAGUUUGCCUGCUGUCCACGAGGAGAGGGUGCAAUCGAGGAAAAAGGGUAAACCCAACCUGAGGUUGCCCUUGAACACUUGCAAUCAGUCGAUCAUCCACGAAGAGCGUUCUCCAAGCCCGGUCGAGGCCCCCAGCUCUGGAGCCAGCGCCCAGAGCACAGCUACCUGCCCACAAAGCCCGCCGACGGAGACCGAGACCUUCCACUGGCCUGACGUACACGAGCUGCGCAACAAAUACACAGACACCUCCCGCUCGUCAAAACUAACCCGCAGCUGCACGGUCCCAAACGGGAUGCUGGAGUGCUGUACGAACAAGUGUAACGGCUGCUCACAGAAGUACAACAGCUCCUCUGACCUUCACGAAGCUCCGACAGACUGUCCGAGGACACAGUCUGAAACGGUAUACAAAGAAAUGUGUCCUGUGGUAGAGGACUGGGCCCAGCCCCAGCUUCAGCCCCUGCUGUGCAGGUGGAGCUCCUUGGACCACAUGCUUGGCUCUCUUCCCCUCCACGAAGUACAGAACCUUCAGGAACCUAUGAGGAGCUGCUACACAGCCAGUCAGGUGUCUCUGAUAACAAAAGAAACUGGCAAAGACGGGGACAACGUUCUGCAGGAGGGUCUAGACGGUGCCACAAAGUCUGCUGCCCCGGGGUCAGGGAAAAUGACGGAAAGUAAUCUAGUGAAAAGCUUACGAGAGAAGUUCCAGAGCUUAACCACAAGCUCAUGAACAUGUGAAUUAUGUACAUUUGUAUUAUCAGGGACUAUCACGUGGAAACAGUAUCUGCCAGCUACCUGAUGCUUCUCAACGUCCCUUUUUCCACCCAGAAGAAUGCAACCUGUUGUCUGCGCUUAUAGGGGACACGGUGAUAAUGGUGGCACCAGUGAAACAUAAAGGGAUAUUAUUGGUCAUUGGUGAAGGCCAUGAGGGGAAAGCAUAUUGUCUUUAAAAAGGAGUAUUGCAAUAUUUGUACAUUGGGUAUUUGUCUGCACUGUACAAUACAAGUUAAUGUAAAAAUGUGUAUAUAGUCCCCCCUAUCAAUUGAAGAUUAGGUUCUACUUUAUUAUUAUUAUUAUUAUUAUUAUUAUUAUUAUAUGCAUCUAUUUCACUGUUGGUGAUUCUUGCUAUAACCACUAUAGCAUCAUUUAACCAUGUAAACUGUCAGCUGGAGUUUCAGGGGAAAGCAAAAAGGAGCUAAAGUGUCAUUGACGAGAGAGCUGUGUCUCUGACCGUACACCAAAGAGAGUUUCCCUUUAACAUUUGUUGACUUUAAUGCAUGUGGUCACAGCAGCGAUUUGCUUCGACGUUUACUGUAGCUGCUUCUAAAACUGUUUUCACAUACUGCAUCACUGGAGCUUUAUUUUUCCUCAAUAAGUUGUAUAUUUUCUUUAAUAUUAUUUAUGAAACUGUAUAUUUGGGAGAGAUUGGCCUCAUGUAAAUACUGACCUGUAGCAAACCCUUUUUACUUUUCCAUUCCAGAAAAUAUUGUUUCAUACUUGAAGUUUCCCAUAUUUUCAAUAAAAACAGAAAUGGCAAGUGUCCACAUAGGUCCCCCUCUUUACCCUGUCAUGCAUCUCAAAUACAGUAUAUCCAUUAGGGCUGGGCAAUAUGAGGAUACAUAUCGUCAAAACGAUAUUAAAAUGACUAUCGUAUAUAUUUUUCUAUAUUG